GUCUAGAGAGUUUGAUGCUUUCUCUGCUCUCAUCAAAUUUGCAUCCUUCUUUGUUUGACAGUGCUAUCUAGCGUCAUGUCUCAACCUGGUGCCAUAACUAGCAUCUACGCAUCUGAAUUUGAGGUUAUCCGUGAGAGUUUUGGAAAGGAUCGUCUACGCAAAGGACCACAAGUGUUGGGUCAUCUCUACGGUUUAUGGACACACAGCGGCAACGUUUUGAUUCAGUUGGCGAAUGCGGCAAGCGGAUCUCUCGCCGCUGAAUGGGAGUCUUUAUCAGCACAACACCGGCUGGAGACAGUUGGUUCAUGGGGAACCAAGGAACCAAAACAGGAAGAUCGACCGUAUGGCUUGGACGAAUCUCUUGCUUUUGUUUACGUUCACCUUUCCCCUGAUAAUGACAAACUUAUCUGCUACUCUAUUUCAAAGAAUGACUCUGUUCAAUGGACAGAGUUGAAGGCGCUACCCGCAGCAAGUCCCUUUCGAGCUCUCAAAGAUCGUACUACGGCAAAGCUUCUAAAGUCUGGCAUGGAACAUUCACAGGAGAAUUCGUCACUUGACUUGAAGGAGCAUUGGAGCAGCAAGAAAACGUACAAGGACUUCCUCAAAGACUUCCGAGAAUGUUUCAGUCGCGCAGGAAUGGAGGUGAAGCAGUUUCAGCAUCCUGGAUCAGAAUACAUUGCAUUUCAAGUGCAAUCGAAGGACGUACAGUUUGCUGUCGGGUUUCCGUCUGAUUUUAACAGGAAGCAGAAAGUGGACAUCUACCGUGACAAACAAGAUCCAUUUGAAGUGCCACUAGCAUUGAAAGCACAAGAAGACUUCGCUCAACUUCUUCAUUGUGUGAGCGAUCGUGCUAAUGAUCAACCAUCAGGCAAAGGCCCUAGGAAAUAAUUGAUACUGUGAAAGGCAGUACGCCUUAGAGUUGACUGGAAAUGCUAGGAAUACAAAGUGGCUGACCUAACAUUUCCCUGUUUCUAGCGGCUACUGAUGGUUACAGUAGGAUCGUAAAACAUUAUACUCGUAGCAGUAGUCACUUAGCUAGACAGUGCAAGUUUAACAUUCAUUCUAGAUGUUUAACUGCUAGCAAUGAUCAAUAUCUCAACCAGUCUUGAUAAUUAUCAUAUAA